CUUGUACGGAGCGUGCCUACACUCUACAGGUACACUGUUAGCAAGUGUACCUGUAGUGUCUCUAUUAGACAUGCAGUGGCAUUCCAUGAACCUCCUGCUGGCUCUGCUGCUCGCGCUGCCUUAUGUCGUGCUGUUCACUGCAUACUGCGGGUGGGGCGACGAUCAAAAACAUGUAGUGCCUGCUAUUCAGCGCAGCACAGCGCUGGCACCCGACACCCCAGCCGCGCAGAGGCUAGGCCAACACCUGGCGGAGUACUGCAGCAGCCACGCCCACCUUCGUACCGGACGACAGUCCAGCCCCGACAUCUUGGUGUCCAGGGCUCACCGACUCGCAUGGUGCAAGGUCCCGAAGGUGGCGUCCACGUCGGUGGUACAGUCGCUGCUGAAGGUCGUGGGUAGAGAGAAUCUCAUAGAGGAGCUCGGAAUUAGUCGUCAGCACACCGCCCUCAGGAGACUCAUGCCCCAUCUUUCUGCUGCCGAGCAGCCGCCUGAAGCUGGCACCAUCUUCAUGGUAGUCAGGCAUCCCUUCCUCAGGCUGAUAUCAGCUUAUAGGGACAAGAUAUCAACAAAGUCCGUAAAGACUCAAUUUAAUAAAUUCCUGAGGCGCUACAACAUGCCCAUUAUUUCAAAGUAUCGUCAGCAAGAGCCUCAUGAUGAGUUUUACAAGGACGUGCCAACUUUCCCGGAGUUCGUACAGUAUUUGUUGGAGACGCCCGUUGAAGACUACAACGAACACUGGCUACCUUACCACAUCAUCUGUCGGCCGUGUGACGUGCCUUACAACGUAGUCCUCAAGCUCGAGUCACUAGAUGAAGAUAUGCAAACUCUCGUCUUCAUAACUGGAUUCCCAGAGCUGGCCAUCAGGAAGACCCAUCCGUCAGUCUCAUCAUUCGACGAGGGUCUGGAAUUAAGACCGAUCUCCGACCUGCAGAGCAAUCAAAGUCCUGAGAAUUUCUCUAUUACUUCUAUAGAAAAAUCUGAGAGUCAAGAGCAUCGAUCAAACGAUUCCAUAGAGUCGAAAAAUGAUGAAAAUUCGGCGCUCAUAAAAAAUUUCUUCUCCCAGUUAACAAAGGCACAGGUGUUGGCACUUUUCAAAAAGUUCGAAAUUGAUUUCGAGAUGUUUCAGUACACUAUUGAUCAAUUUGUAGCGGCUGCGAGUUGAGAACUUGCAGUUUGUCAAACGAUCGGAAUUUGUUUUGUUUAUAUUACAAAGGCAAAUGUUUUUGGUGUGGACUCCAAGUACACCAUGUAACGAUUUGAGAAAUUGCUCACUUGGUAUUGGAGCUGUUAAAUUUACAUCCGCUACUUAUAAAUUGAAACCCAUAACAAUAAAAAAUAGGAUAAUAGUUAUCUGAAAAUAAGGACAAUUUGUACCGUACCAUGCCGUCACACUUAGUGCAUAUAGUACGGGUUAUUAAUUAUAUUCUCCCGCUGUAUGGCAGAUCCAAGAAUAUGAUACAAUUUCUUCUGGAAUCCAAGGUAAUCCUGAAUGAGGAAUAUAAAGAAAAUAAAUCAUAAUAACUCAAGUUAGAAGAUUGUCUAAAAAGUGCAUGAAGAUUGUAUGCGUUAGAAUCACAUUGAUAUGUGUAUUAAAAUAUGUACGCACUUGUUUCGUUGAAGACCAGAAUUUCUUAUUAAAACUUUUCUAAAUGUUUUCCUCAAAUCAAUCAAAUGUUUUUCUCAAAUCAUCAACUCAAAUCGUAUUCGCGGUUUGCAAGGGACAUUUUCUAAUAAUUAAACGGUGCUUCAUAAAUGUAAUAUUCCUUAUCAAACAAAUAAAGGGUUCGUGCAACA